CUUAGUUUUAGAGCCUGGGAACCGUGUCUACAAAAAUGACAGCUAGAGCUUUCUGGCUGCUCUGUUUGAUCAUUGGAUCAUCUCUCGCAGCCCCAGUGGCGGAGAGAAAAGCCUCGCCGCCCCACGACAGGAACCCCAACCCCGGCGGCGGCGCUCCGGGCACGGAGGAGACGCCAGGGCCACCGGCGCAGCCGAGCCCCGAGGCGGCUCCUCCCGCCUGGUCAGACCCGCGCCGCCGGAAACCCCCGCCGCCAGCCGAGAACCGGACUGGCUUCCGGGAGGCCGCGCGCGCGCCCGCCGGCCCGCCGAGCCCGCGCCUCCCGCAGGCCGAGAACCGCGCGUCGCCGCGCCGCGCGCCCGCGCUGGAGUACGCCCCGCGGCGCGCGCGCACCCGGGCCCUGUGCUUCCCAGCCGCGCGCCCGCCUGCGCGCGCCGCCGACGCCCCCGUCGGCCUCGCUCACCCCAACCGGCCGCGCGCCGCCCCGGCGCCACUGGGACCGGAGCCGCCGCCGCCGCGCCUCGCCCCGCCGCAGGGGAACACGGAGCCCGGCGCCGAGUCCUGCGCGCACGCCUGCAGGGCGGACCUGGACGAGCGAGAGUCCUAUUGCGCGAGCGAAUUCGCAGUGAACGGAAUCGUGCAUGAUGUGGACGUGCUCGGCCCAGGGAUCCAGCUGGUGACUCUGCUGGUGGACCGGGACGGGCUGUACAAGAUGAACCGCCUAUACAUCACUCCGGACGGGUUUUUCUUCCGAGUCCACAUCUUAGCCCUAGACUCCUCCAGUUGCAAUAAGACAUGUCCAGAAUUUAAACCUGGAAGCAGGUAUAUUGUGAUGGGCCACAUCUACCAUAAGAGACGGCAGCUCCCUACAGCUCUGCUCCAGGUCGUAAGAGGGCGCCUCCGACCAGGAGAUGGACUGCUCCCAAGCAGCAACAGCUAUGUGAAAAGGUUUAACAGAAAAAGGGAUGUGCAAGUUCAAGGUGCAAUUCACACCCAAUGCAUUUGAAUGUACUAUCCCAGCAUUUCUGGAUCAUAAGACUUGGUAUUGAUCAACAAGAUAGGAAAGGUCUAUCUUUACGUAAUGGGACUUUCCCUUAGAAUAGGGCACGUGGCUCUUUUAUAUGAACUGCUGCAUAGUUC